AAAUACACACCCGAAGUGCAGGCAAACUCUGUAGUACCUACUACAUCAUCUACAUGUUGUUCCAGUUUCCUUACGCCUGUAGAAGUAUUUGAUAAUCUUAUGGAAUUGAAAUUCAGUAAUCAUUCUCGUUUCAUUGAAAGUAGAAUUGGGCUUCGUUUCCUAUCGCCCGCAGCUUGGUCGAGGUUCGAGAUUCAUCAAUAUUUUGUUUUCUUUUGCCGUAUUGUUUCUCAAUCUCAAGCAAUUUUUCUCAUGAUUAAUUUCUUGUUCUUGUUCAGCAAGCUGAAAUCUAAACUUUUUUGCAUAGAAUAUCCAUAAACGUAAUUGUUCUGAUUCAUUGAUCAUCCCUUCUUCGGUGAGUCAAUCGCUCAUCUUUGAUUUUUUUGAAAACGUCGGAGCAUCACCUUGGCAGUCGCUCUGUUCUUGGGGCCCCCGAGAGGGCAAAUAACGAAGGCGCGGACAGUCUCUUGCCCAUCUCACGUUCUUGCAUUCGCUGUUAGCAUACUUCUACAGCUCCAGCUGGCGGCCAGUAUUCAACCUAAUAAGAAUUUAAGAUGACGAAAAAGAAGGAGGUGGAGGAGGAGGCGAAGAAGGACAGCGAACAAGAACGACAUCUCGUGACGAACAGCAUGACUACGAAUUAUAGCAGGCAAGAAAGGCAGCAGAAAGAGGGAGUUGCCCCAUCGUCAGGCAUCUCCUUUUCUGGAUCCGAUUAUCCUGGAAAAAACGGAAGUACUGGCGUUGAAGAUGAUAAGGAGCAGGAGGCUCUCUCUCUUUCGCUCGUGACACGUUGGCAGGCGUCGUUCGAAGCGGAUCCACCUGCGACGAUCCAUUCAUCGUCGUCGAACGCUAGGAAGCGUCGCAAGCUGGAGAGCCGUUCGUCGGCCUCAAUCUUCGGUGGUCCUCCUCUCGCCGAUGCGAAAGCGGCUUCAACGCUUGUCUUCGGUGGUCCUCCUCUCGCCGAUGCGAAAGCGGCCUCAACACGUGAUCUCGCCGACGCGAGUUCCGAUCCACUGACUAGUUCCAGUACAGUUACGAAGAAUUUUUGCGCCGCAAAUAGAAGUAUCAUCGUGCCGGCCCCGAUCGUGAGUGGGUGUAGCUUGUUCCUGAGUCGGGGAACAGAACUUCCUGAGUGUCUUCAAGAACAGGCUGCAAGAAUCGUAGUAGGAGCUUCUCCAUCUGCAUGCAGCGAGCCGUUGGUUCUUGUACCUCUACCUUCCGUGGCCUCGUCUUCUAAUCAGGCUCUUGUGACGAGCCUGAUCGGGGAAGUGCGUGGCGAACGGCGUCUGGAGUACAUCCGCGGACCUGGUGGAGGGAUUCGAAAAUUGCGUGGAGCGAGGCUUGAACCUCAUCAAGUACGCUUGUGAGAGUAGCGAAACAAAGCAUAGCAGGAUUGGAGCGGCGAUCGCAAGCUUGUGUACAGGAACCUGUGACACGCUUGACUGGCAUCGCGAUGCGGAUGUGUCCCUGUACGCCCAGUUUUUCAGCCCGUUUGCAGACGAUCAGCUCGGAGCCUACGAAUCGGCGUGCCGGAAUCAGCUUCAGAAACAGGAGGACAUGGCGCCGGGCACGAGUACUGGGAGCGGCGCGUUGUCCGUCGUCCGGGUCGAUCCGAAAUUUUCCGACGAGGCUCUGGAAAAGCGACUGCAGGGCUGGACCCUACUUGUGGAUAAUUUCUCGUGGUUGAGUGGCCGUGUCGCGCAAGAUCAGUGGCAGCUGUCCAAGGAUUGGAAGACUGCGGUCGCGCAAGGUGGCGUGCUCGCGGAUCCUCUGCGCAAGCUCCUGGCCACAACCGAAGGGAAGAUUGCAGGCUUGCUCGACGUUCCUACAUUUGUGGCGCAGGGACCAGGAUCCGGGAGCUUCAGCACCUGCAAAAGCUCUCGGCACGGCGACGUGUCAUUUUACGUGGCGUGCAUCAAGUUGCCACACGAUUUUUAUCGUUCCCCCAAGCCGAGCAGCACACGCAGCUCUACUACAACGUCCUUCACAGAGGAAGGAGACGCACCUCAACAGGUCGCGUCACCAGCGCCACCGGAUCCAUCAGAAGAAAUUGAAGUGCACGCAAAAGGAUCAAGCGCAUCGUCCACGCUGGAGAGUAACGUGGAACAGGACAGGAG